AUGUCAAGUCACUCACUUUAUUUGACCAUGCUUCCCUUACCUUCACUUCGAUUUUAUCGGACUGCCUAUCUACAAGCAUUUGGUCAAGUAAGACAGGCCUCAUCCAAGCGCUGGCAAGCUCGACAGCAAAAGGAUCAGUUCACCAAAGAGGCAGCUGUGCAAGGCCUCAAAAGUCGAGCUGCUUUCAAAUUGUUGCAGAUCGAUGAAAAAUAUCGGAUAUUCAAGGGUGGGCAGACAGUGGUUGACUUGGGUUAUGCUCCGGGAUCAUGGUCGCAGGUUGCUGCAAAUCGUACCCAACCCCAUGGUCGAGUUCUCGGUGUCGAUAUUAUCCCAGCUCAACCCCCGAAAGGAGUGUCUACGAUCCAGGGCAAUUUCCUCGCACCCGAAAUCCAAACGUACAUCCGGGACUUCCUCCGCACCCCGGACAGAGGCAGGCCGCGCCAACCCGGCCUGUUAGGUGACACCAAUACCAGCUUGCUGGAGUCGAAUACAGAUCCCGAGAGCACGAUCAAAAUCGCAGGGAAGGAUAAAGAGGAUGAUAAAAUACUUGAAAGAACGGUGGAUGUUGUUCUCAGUGAUAUGUCUGCUCCCUGGCACCAGACGUCCGGUUUUUGGAAACGAAGUCUAAGUGCUCCUUAUAACAGGAUGAUGAACACCAGCGGUGUUAGUUUUAGGGACCAUGCUGGAAGUAUGGAUCUCUGCAACGCGGCUUUGCGCUUUAGCUCGGAUGUCCUCAAGACAGGCGGCCAUUUCAUCUGCAAGUUCUACCAAGGCGCCGAGGAUAAAGAGCUAGAGAUGCAACUCAAAGGGUUAUUCAAAAAGGUUCAUCGAUUAAAGCCUGAGUCAUCUCGCAGUGAAUCCAAGGAGUCGUUUUUCGUUGGCUUGGAGCGAAAGCCCUAA